GCCAGCUCCAGUGGCCAGGCCUGGCUAGCAAGUCAUUUGCCUUACUUUUCAAAAUGAAACUUUGCGAUAAUAUUAUGCGCCAGUUUGGCAUAGCCAAGAGUUUCCAGAAAAUGUCGGCGCUCAAGCAAAGCAUGGCGUUCUCCCCAGAUGGGCGUUCCUUGGCCGUUUGUGAUCAUCAAAGCUUGACAAUCUACGAUUGCAAACAUCUCAAAGAGCAAACACAAAUGAGCGUGGCAAGAUUUUUGCCAGAAGUUGUUUGCUAUACACAAGAACAGGGAAUAAUAUUGCAUAGUGAAACAAAGUUCGACUGCUGCAUAUGCUCCCUGGACCUUCGCACUCGCCGCUAUGUGCGUCUCUAUCGAGGCCAUACCCAGCCAGUGCACACAAUUUGCUUUCAGCCGCAUAGCUCACAUCAGUUUAUAAGCGCUGGCCAAGAUGAUUGCCUGUUGUUGUGGGAUCUACGCUGUCAUACUUAUACGCAUAAAUUGCAAGAGCUGCAGCAGCCGCUGCUGGCAAUCGAUCCAGCCGGCUUGGUAUUUGCCACCAGCUGUGGCACGUCGCAAAUAGAAAUCUACGAUGUGCGCAUGCUGAGCAGACAGCCUUGCCAGCAGUAUAGCUACAAGUGCUUUGAUCUGGCCAACUGGACGCAGCUGCAGUUCUCGCCCGAUGGCAAGCACUUGUUGCUCAGCACCGAUGGCUCUUGGUGCUACAGUCUGGAUGCGUUUGACGGUGGCUUGCAUCAGGCAUACAAAGUUUAUGUCAAUGCAAAGCGCGAGCCAUUGCAGGCGUGCUACACGCUCGACUCGCAGUACGUGUUAGCUGCUGGCAAUGCGGCGGGGGCGGGCAGUGUGCAUGUGUGGCAAGCGCACAGUGGCAGUCUGUGCGGCAGCUGCCACAGCAGCGCUGCUAUGCUGCACUGCUGGCUGCCUCAAGACGACGCUGCUGCUGCAGAGCAGCAGCUAGAGGCAGCCGCAUGCAUUGACUUGACGCGCUCAGAUGAAAGUGACAGCGAUCUGGAGCUGCUGGAUACAAAGCAACUUGUUAAUGAUGAUGUGAUCUUUGUCUGCAAAGAAUUGCUGCCAAAGCAGUCUAAAGCGUCGCCUGCAAGCUCAGUUGCUGUUGAAUCUGAGUCUGAUAGCCUAGAGGAAGGCGAGCUAACUGCUGACGAUUAA